AUGGCCGUGCGACGAUUUGUUGGGCGCCGCGGAUCACCGGUGGAAAUACAUUCGGACAACGGGACAAAUUUCCAGGGAGCUAGCAGGGAGCUGAAGGAAGAAAUCGCAACUAUCGGCCAGGGACUAGCGGCAACCUUCACCAACUCAAACACCAAAUGGAUUUUCAUCCCGCCGUCCGCGCCACACUUUGGUGGCUCGUGGGAGCGAUUAGUGAGAUCAGUUAAAGUCGCGCUUCGUUCCUUAUGUAGCGACCGUAACCCGAACGACGAGACGCUGCUGACCGUCGUGGCUGAAGCAGAAUCAAUAGUUAAUUCUAGACCUCUAACUUCUCCGAACCAUUUUUUGCUGCUCAGCUCAAGUGGAGUGGCUCAACCCCCCCGUGUACUCUCGGAGCCAACGAAGACAACGCGUUCGAAUUGGAACCUGGCCCGCCAACUGGUGGACAACUUCUGGCGUCGAUGGAUCAGCGAGUACCUUCCUACGAUCGCCAACCGGACGAAGUGGCACAGCGAAGCAAAAGCAAUCAAGGUAGACGAUCAAGUGCUUGUCGUCAACGAUGGUGAGCGGAACGGCUGGACCAGAGGACGAGUUCUGUCGGUGAUUCCAGGGCGAGAUGGACGUGUACGCCAGGUCACAGUCCAGACUACUACGGGAGUACUACGGAGACCUGUAUCAAAACUGGCAGUGCUGGACAUUAAAGGUGAUGGUACCGCGACGCCGCACAAUGAGCCGGAAGUGCGCUACGGGUCGGGGGAUGUUGGCGAAACUGCCAGCCCUGAUAUUAAAGAGGUUGUCGGAAACCCCUCGUCGGAUAACCGUCGCAUCACCCCUACCAGUGCCGAAGAGAAGUGUCAACGACGAUCGAGCCGAUUGGCAAAGCAGGGGAAAAUUUAG